AUGCCGAAGUCGCCAGAAAAGGCUAGAUAUCCGUCAUCACAGGGCCAGAAGAUCGUGAAGGGGGCGAGUUUGAUUAUCCUGACCUUCCAGACAACGGCGCUUGUUUUGCUGAUGCGCUAUACACGUCUACACAGGGAUAACGACCGAUUGUAUUUGACUUCAACAGCCGUCUUCUGCUCUGAGGUUACGAAAUUGGUGGCCUGCGUCAUCGCCAUUUACGUAGGAAGUGGUGAGUUGACGAUUUAGUCCGCCAUCGGCCUUAUGUUUGUGUUGCGACUACUACUAAUGCUUAGAAUAAUACCUCGUCUGUUUUUUUAAUAUGAUGUCACUUUUGUUUUUGUGAGGGUUGCCACUUUUUAAGGCCGGACCUGCAUCUACUUUGAUUAUGCAAGCCUAGAUUCUGGUUCAGUGAAGCAGUCAAGAAUGUGACGCGACUGCUGCAAUCAGGAUAUCAUGCGACAUCAGAUAAGAGUAAUGGAUGCAGGGAGGUUGCGGUAUUUGUAGGAUGCAGAUGCUAUCCUACCAGGAUUGUCUUGCUAUGUGCAACCAUCUACAGCGAAUGCAGAGGCCGCUGGUUUUUGUAUGUAUUCACUGGCACAGCAGUGCAUCUUAUUAAUACUGCAACCCUUGUCAAUCUAAUACCCUUAUUUGGGACCGCCUCCAAUCAUGAGUUCGAGUGUUCAUGCGAAACUUUGAACGAGUAAAAUUCCUGCUCCAGUGACCGCGUCUCCUUCCUUCCCACUAAAUUUACAGUCUCCAGCAACCCAGCGUCUCUAUUGUCAGUCGCCCGAGGAUCCGAUAUCAGUACCGAGUUAUAUGCCUCACUGUCACUGAAGUUUGCAGAUGGGCUGCUCGACCAAUGACCCAUUGUCCUUCCGUAAAGUGCCUACCAACCCUUGAAGCUGUCCGUUUUGCCGGAGUUUCCGAUCAACUAGAGAUGAUGCAUGUAUGACGGCUAAUGUCGAUUUUUCCAGUAAUCUACCGAGAAGGACCGCAAAUAAGAGUUGCAGUUCCAUAGACGCCAUAGAUGAAUAGCCCGCGUGAAUACGCGGAAACAUUCAGUUCACUCCCACUAUCUUACUUGAGUGGUCUGGUUACACACAUGUACCUCAUGCUUUACAGGGACUUUGCAUUAGAACUGGUUCCAGUGUGGUUUCACGAUCUGCAAACAUUCUUCUCACAGCCCUGGUUCGGAGUCCAAUUUCAUCUUCUGUCAGCACGUUUGGGAAUGAGCUUGAGCUUGGUUUGUUCCAUAACAUUACAUAAUUGAUUUAGUAUACUUGGAUAGUAUACAUCUGGCAAGUAGAGUUUUCUAUGACAGAUACCUGUCCGUCAAAUUAAAAACGGUUCUAAAGUCAGCAAGGUGCACUUUUGGAUGUAGUUUUUAACAUAGUAUGUGUACCUAAUUAGGCGACAGUUUUUGCUAUGGUCAAGGACUUUUUAUUUAGUCAAGUACUGCGGCCACGAAGACGUGUCUUCUCAUUACCACGAUUGACGGCUAUUUGGCGCAUCUGUGGCCGACGAAUAGUGCACUGGUCUUCAGUUUAAGAUAGCUGGGAAAUUAACGGACUCAUUUGCUUUUCAAAUAAACAGUCGUAAACGAAUUACAACGGCGUUGUCAAGGCUCACAAGAUUAAGAUCUUGGGCACUGGCUUAAAGUACAUUAAAACGCGGUAACGACACUGUGACAUGGUAGCCGUGAGUCGUCACCAAGUAGGUUUGCUUCCCCCUGUUGUCUUGCGGUUUGGUUCUAGUGUCAAAACACUAAAGGGAAGAAACUCGAUCAAGCAAUUCGACCUGCCUUCACUGGGAACUCCCAAGAACCCUCCAAAAAUGCUCAGUUUUGUACCACGCUUCCCGCUGCAUUGUCCAUGCCAGUGGACACGCUUUGCAACUAUCGUCGAGUGUUGCGGAGUAUUCAGUCUGGAACGGUCAGCUGGUGUUGGAUGUUGGAAUUGGCAAACACUCUUUAACCCUAGUAUCUGAAAUCCGACUGCGCGUCGCCUGUACCGGUACACAGAUGUCUACUGCCUGUCUGAAAGCCGAAUUCCAAGCCCAGUCUGGGGAGAUUAAAAUUCGGGUGGUUCAUUUGCACUUCACUUCUGCCACAGCGACCCACGCGACUUCUCUGACAAAGACGGUGUGGCGAUCGCGCUUGCGUGAUAACCUGCCAAUGGUCGUUUAGCCCACACACGACUAUAUGGGCACUUUGCGAACAUCUCUCCUUCCUGUCUGAGUGCCAACCUUAACUGUCAAUCAGUGCGAUAAGGAAACUCUACACGUAACUGAAGGUAUAGGUUGAAGACUCCCUCGGCAGCUUUUCUUUAGUUGCCAGGAACCGGGCUUGUCGGGCUGGACGACACAAGCCUUACAAUAACUGUCCGAUUGUCCUCUUCAGGCUCAUAUUCCGGUGCAACAGUGAUAAAAGGAUAUUUGGCUUCACUGACUAGAAUCGGUUGUUCGUCACGAACACCGCAAACAUCUACCAACCUGAAAUUCUAACGACGGCAGUAGGACCGUUUACAUUAAUAACAUUCCAGUCGAUGGUUGAUUCGAACUUUUUACUUAGGUUCGUAUAGCAGAUCGCCGAGUUGUUACGAAACUUGCAACUCCUAUAGGCCAGACCAUGCUCUCGUUUACACGUGUACGAAAGUUAAUCUCUAUUCCAUACCCAAAAAGUGUCAUGCAAGACGCCUUGAUGCCGCAACAUUGCGACAGCUCAACACAGCCUAAUCCGCUUUGCAGUCCGAGUCAAAGAAGACAGUAACAAAUGCUCAUCGCCAAAGUCCUUUGCCUUCGGGGUUGCCAAAAGAAUUUUGGAUUCACUUAUCGGCACGUCAGAGACUAUCAGCUUAAGGGUCCUGCAGUCGGCCGCUAAGACCAAUCAAACAAGAACUCGCAACAAGAGUUCCUUCUACCAACUGAGAAAUGCCGACUAUUUUGGGUGCAGAUAACUGCGAAAACCGCCUGCCGAUGUUAUGACUUCUACGAAUUAGACCCCAAAUGCCAACGGCAGUCGAAGUUUACCAAAUUAUUCGCUAAGUUAGUGGUAGGCCAUUUACACUUGGUGAUUGUUCGCAAUGCGAAUAGCGGCGUAGUGCCGACAGCCCAACUGAUGUCGAACGCCGGCAUGAGAACGCCUUUUUAAAUCCGACGACCAACCCGUCACCGUCGUUUUCUGCAGGAACAGAGUUUUCUCUCUGUCGGCCUCUACAAAGCAGCCGGACCCUCCCUUCAACAAAUAAUGGACGUCCGCAAUCCCAAAAUUGUGCGACUACAGGGCCCGCAGAGUUUUUGCAAGCCUUCAUCACGUUAUCUCAAAUAUCAAGAAGAUCUGUGCCGGUUCUCCUCCUCCUGCUCUGAAGUUAUGAAUACUGGGCGUUUUGUUUGGAAGUCAAACGUAAACCGGGGAUUUUUGAUUACCGUUGCCCGCGAACGGCGCUGCCGCAAAUCGUCAUAUAGAGGGAGUUACAAUCCGUGACAUCGUCGAGGCCAGCUAGAUCGGGUGUGAUCAUAGCCAUACUAAGUACAAGUAGUAAGUACUGUCUCUGGAUGUAGAGGCGGUGAUGCUCGUUCACUGAUUUCUCAUCCGAGUAAUAAAAUUUAGUCAUCUAACGCCCUUUUCUCGAUCCAGGAGAUUGUCCCCCGUAUCUGCUAACUAGAAUGUGUGACGCACCUCGAGAGUAUGAUAUUAUUUUGGAUAAUUUCUCCCGCGGUCAGUCUGGCAUGUGUAAUUACAAGGACGGCUAAGAGGUAAUUUAAUCCUCUUAUGAAAAUUUCCUAUGCAGUCAUCGGGCGAAAAGUUCAAGCAGAUCUCAAAUACUGCUGCUGGAUUCCUACCCUUGUCCUGAGCCCUGGUGGUUCGCAGUGAGAAGUUGCAUCUCGGUUAGCAGGGAAUCGCUCGAGCUUCAGUUACAGUGGCAUUACAGAAAGUGCGUUCAGUAUUUGGAUUUGUGUGGUAGGGAUAGUCAACAGUGCGCAGCCCACUUGGAUGUUCUUUUCAGUUUGACUUAAAGUUAACAGGGAACUUCCGAAACUGCUUGGACUUUGCGUACAGAAAAACCUCUCAUCACAGCCGAUCUUCCAAUCUCAUGACUCCAGUCACGCAGUAUCUUUUGAUUUCAUUGACUUCUGAGAAGGGAGCCGGUACUUAUUUUUGGUCACCAAACCUCCCUGACGGCCCAUCCUGAAGUCGGCCUCCCCACCUCCUACCCCCCCAGCACGCUUUGACCCGUUUUUCAGAAAUAUAAUAGAGCGCCCUUGCAGUUUGCUGAACCUGCCAUAGUUCUGGCUGCUACGCUUAUGCAAGCGGACAUCAGUUAGGCGGAUGCACCCACAACAGUGACUCAACUGUGCCUCGGUGGGGCCUCGUAGCUCAGAUGGUUAGAGCGUUGGUUGUACUAAAGCCUCCCUCUGCUGUUGUGGGUCCGAAUCCCACCGAGGCACCGAGUUUUUCACAGUUGGGUCAAAGUGAAUUAUUUGAAAUCUGCCAAAACACCUCUGAAAUGCACUGUUAGUUGUAAAAAAAGGUCCAAAAACAUAUCCUACGUGAAAAGUAGACUUUCUAUGUAAUGCAUUUAGCCAAUAAGCAAAAUGCACACAGUACAAAGUAGCCCAGAUCAAGCAUCUAGAUCUCGGUCAUAGUGUUUCACGAGUAAGGUUACCUACUAUGGGUCCUCUAUAACGAGUCGGCAUAUGCGACUGGUUGCGAGACAUCCUUAACAGCUCUAAACUGAUGCAUUCUGUUGCUGUUUUGGAUUCGGUGCCACUGUUUCACUAGCGACGACAAGGAGGUCAGCUCUUAACCUGGUCCGAGACAAUCUACCGAUAUAUAGAUGCGUCUCUUAAACCUUCCAUGGUGGGUUUUCGUCGCAGGAUACUAUCCUUGACAUCCCAGCCGCCGGAUACACCAGACCUGAUCUAUGCCGUAUCAAGUACAUGUGAACAUCCUCAUGACAUAAGCGGACAGAUGGAGUUUGCGUCUGUCAUAACGUUAGGAAUAUUAGGAUCUAAUUAUCCACUGAGACAGUUCAGGGUAUUUGGAUGUGAUUCCCGGAGAUGAGUUCUGACCUUAUAAUAUUGGAUCCAAAAACAAGUAUUACUGGCAAAACUUUUCUGGUAACCUGACAAGCCUGCACAGCCAUCUCUUCGACCGUGCUUAAGUCAAUCUCUAACCCCCUACUUCAGGUUUCUCACUUACCGAAACGCUUUCUGAGAUUAAGACAAAAGUUGUGGAUGAACCAUUUGAGCUGCUGAAAUUGGCGAUUCCCUCGGGCCUCUAUACGCUGCAAAAUAAUCUCCUCUAUGUGGCUUUAUCAAAUCUCGAUGCGGCAACUUAUCAAAUAACCUACCAACUCAAAAUCUUCACAACCGCUAUAUUUAUGGUUGUUAUGCUGAACAAGCGUAUCUCUGUUCAACAAUGGGUGUCUCUAGGUAUUCUCCUCUUUGGAGUAGCAUUCGUUCAGGUGAGCAUUUCCCAGCUACUUUUUAAGUAAGUCAGUCGGAACUUAUGCUCUUCAUCCUUUUUGCAUAAUUCACUCAAAAUCUUUCUUUUUGAAAGUCUUGCCUGCUGCUGUCUCACUUCGUAAUGCGCUGACAAAAGGAGCCUUCCUGAGAGCUCUUUUGAGCGCAAUUAACGUACACUUUAGUAUUGUUGACUGUGGGCAUUUGUCCAAAUCUUUAACGAAACCUGGGCUGUUCUGCCGCGAUCUAAUAUCCCAUUUCACAAAGAAAGUGAUCCUGUUGGGGUAGGAUUUGUUUGUUAACCUAGUUUUAGGCGACUCGGACGAUUUUGUGAUUCUAUUCCAGAAGCUGGCACCUAAUAAAGUGAGCGGUCAAGAGCUCGACGAAAACAGUUGUUGGUACAUCGAUUGUCGGUAACAGCAAAUUUCCACACUUGUGGCGGCGUUUACUGGCAAUGGUCAAAUGAACAAAGGAGCCCCUCAGACGUUUUCCAAGAACUCGUCAGUACCCGGUCUUUGCACUUGAGACGCUGAUAAAAAGGCUACAGUAUGUUACUACUACUGCUCACUAAUACUGCUACUGCUGCUACUACUACUACUACUACUACUACUACUACUACUACUAUUACUACUACUACUAUUAAUACUACCACUGCUACUGUCACCACUAAUACUACUACUGCUACUACUACUACUACUACUAAUGCUACUACUGCUGCUGACAGUUUGACCAUCACAACCCACGAUAUCCACCGCCUGCUCCACAACGUGGUGAGGCAGGCAUGGUGACGUGCACAUGAACUAGUUGUCAACGAGAGUAGACCUGCGCAACAUCAACCUCACUCCCUCCCACCCAAUCAAGAAGACCGGAGGCGGGAGAGGGCACAGGUGGCUGGCGCGGCCGGACCCGCACGUAGGCGUGCCACCACAACCCUGGUUCACAACAAACACUUUAUCAGGAUUUUAAGCAAUACCAACACAACGACGGUUCAGAAGGAGGGUGACUAAGCAAUCAUUCUCACGACCUGUAUACCCGGCGGGAGCGCAAACGCAUCUACCGGCAGGGAGCCAGGGCCAGAGAACUGCCAGCGCACACCAGGCUGCGAGGAUCGUGGUUUGCUGAUCAUGACAUGGCAGAUGCUUACAUUCCUUGACGCCCAUUACUACUACUACUACUACUACUACUACUACUACUACUACUACUACCACUACUACUGCUACUACUAUCACCACCAACACCACUACUACUACAACUGCUACUACUACUACUACGAGUCUAUAAGACCAGCGGCGAGGUCGGACGCAGUUGCUGAUAGAACUAGACGACUCUUCUACGCAUACCUCACACGCCUGGUCCACGCACGAUGACCAGGUUUUUAGACAAACGGCAAAGCGCGACGACUCGGGCUUUAUCCAAGUGGGGGUAUCAUGGCGGUUACAUUAUGAAGGAGCCAUUGCGGCCUGACUCUGUCCUGAAGGGAGGACCGAGUUAUCGCGCCACAGCCUUUAACGCGUCGAGGUAGUUUAAAAAAGCAUCAGAUUGUCUAUAGUUAGAAAUAGGCGCAGAAUGCUGUAGGGACACAGUCCCUAGGAUCGGUCUCACUCUUCCCACUCUCUCCUACAGUUGGCCUUGUUCGGAGAAAUUGGUCUCGCUGAGAGCACCGAUGUGCACUUCUCGAGUGACUGGCGCCGUCCUUGGAUUAUCUAAAAGAGGACGUACAUUCCAAACUUCCAGAGUGAACGAAACCACAUUAGCUGCCUGUGCUGUACACGCGGGGAUGGGGGUUUUUGCUGUUCGGUUGGUUGCAUCGACCGCAAGUUUUCAAUCCACGGGCCACUGUAUACUUGUAGAUGACGUGGACCCAGCAUUUGUUUGUCACCUUUUCUAGCCCUUUUCAUGGACGGCGUAGGCAGUGCUGUCUCUAAAUAAUGCUGCUCAGACGCCCCAGCUGACUGCCAAACUCCACUAUGGCUUGCGGCUGGGUUUAGUGGGAAAGCUGCAAGAGUUAGCCUGGGCCGCGUAUGGGAUUGCAUUUUUUUGAAGUGGAAGGUAGUCCGGACGGUGAGGGAGACAGAAUUGCCGGGUGUGGGGAAAGUUGCGCAACGCCGGAUACCCUCAUCUGAUUUGGCCCACCGGUGAAGGCGGUUUCUGGUGUGUGAUCGUUAUGCAGAGCCUAGCUUUGGGGAGCCACAGAAAAGAGCUUGGUGCCAGUUAAGGACCGUGUGGUGCAGUCACCACCUACCGGCCACCGCUUUCAUGAUGCGGCCUACCACGCAUACACAGUUGGCCCUUAACUAGACAUCCGCACACUCGCACAACAGGGGGGGAGCGGGGGUGGUGGCUUGCGUGUGAAUUCGUUUAUAAUUAUAGUGGACUCGCGCAGCAUCUACCGCACCAUCACCCCCCUCCUACUCGGUCCCGAUGUCAUGACUGAGUCAAGAGGGCCGGAGGCGGGAGAGUGUAGGUGACUGGUAUGGCAAAAACCCGCACCGAAGCGUGUUACCACAUCGGCUCGGAUCCCACUGGGUUGGAGUGCCGUAGAGGGCGCACGCAUGCACCCACCCACAUACACAAGCAUGUCUGUAACAGGCGGUUAGCAUCAUUGUAUCCUGUCAAACAAAGUUGAAAUUCAGACUGAGUAGGUUGACACGGAGUUUUCGAAGACGGUGUAGGGGUGGAGAGAAGCGCAGUGGACAUCUAGGAGCUCUGCGGUAAGGCCACAUCCCGGAUGCAGAUAUUAGCACGAUGGGUGGGGCAGGGCACGCUGUGAGAGCCACUCGUAGGCAGGUUUGCAGGCCUCAGUUACUCGAGAGGCGAACCAACAACCCAGACAGGAGGCCCACCAUGUGGGACGGAAGUGACAUGCUCCACGGCGAUCGUUCAAGGAAGACGCAGUUUCUUCGUAGACAGGUGUUUACUGUCUUUCUUUUGCAACCAAUGCAUAGAGCCGCUGAUUCAGUUGGCCACUGCUAACUGCCAGAUUUUUAUAACAUCUGCCUAUGCACAAUGCCCAAAUUUGACCGACGAACCAUGUCUCGAACACCGAACUCCUAGAUCUGCCAGUGACGCAUCCUAUCUGUGCUUUGGUCAAUGGUCGUUCCGGAUGGUUCGGUUGCGCAGUACGCCGACCUGAAGGUGAACUCCCACACAACCAUACUUUUCAGAACAUAAUUCGAAAUAGAAACCUCAGCCGCUGUGGUAAGGUCAGAUUUAGAGAGAGGAGAGCGAACGCUUUUGUCCUGAGAUAAUUAAAAUUGUCCCUAGCAUCCUUGCCCGUGAGCUGGAAGAAUCGGAGAAUACUGGUACUAACAUUAGAAAUGUUUGCUGUUUGAGACGAGAAGCUACAUAUUGGUUUCUGUAUUUCGGUCUCCUAGAAGGUCGACCCACGCAAGUCAUGACAAAUGAUUGAUUAGCCGAUGUACGACAUGAUUUCGCAAAAUGUCGCCGGUUUGAACAGAGCUACCUCUCAAGUAGAAGAUAAUAAAUGCGGAGUGAGCCGUCUCUUGGAGAAUUCGAUUAGACAGUGUAAUUUAACUUAUGUCAGCAAAAAUAAUAAUGGAAGAUCAACCGUACUGACAGUAGGCGUGCUAGCUAAACACCCAGACACACAUGUUUCGCCAAUUUUGGACCUCAGAGCGACGCAACUGCGAGGGGUUCGGCUCACCAAUGCUUUCAGUGUGCUUUGUGAUUUAUGAACUCCGGUUUAGGUGCCGCCCUUUUUGACUUCUGCUCAAAUAUUCAUAUCAAAUUUUGCACCGAGUCUAACAAAAGUCUAUUUCGAAGGAUUCACGUAUUAAUUUUUGAGGAAAUUAAAAAGGUGACCCCUACGAGGUUUUUUUUCGCAAAUGCAGAUAUUCAAUUAAAAUCUGUGCAGACUUGUGUUCUAACCAGCUUGCGACACUGUUAGUCGGUCUGCACUCAGUAGGCUUGAAGCUAGCAAGCUCCUGAGUUAAACCUGUUCAUGAAGGUUAGUUGGUGUGGAAUUCAUAAGUUGCCGGUUUUUCUAAUAUAUUCAACCUGAACCGCUGACGUAAAAAGGGCAUGCAUAUUCGGGCGCCAGUGCUUGGCGCUAAUUUAUUACUACUCUUCGUGUUUGCGCAAGCAUUUCCCGUGAAUUGUUUAGUGCUGUCCGUAUGAGGCAUUGCUUCCUUUUUGGGCUCCAGAUUUUUUAGCCAACUCCCCAGAAGCCAAUUCAUUUGUGUUGCCCAUCAUUUCCCGGGCUUCUGUUUGCACUACUGCAUCCAUCUAUUUCUUGCCGUAAGCUCUGAUCCGAGAUUCCUUUUAUCUCUCAAACCGUACUUUUUUAUACGAACACACAUUUUGCCGUUUGCCAACGUUUAUUAGCACUUUGAUUAGUCGCCUGCAUGCUUCAGUAGGUUAUUAGGUUAGACACCGCCUACACGCCUGACACUCUUUUUUCAACCCCCAGCUGGCGCCGACCUCGGGAAAUGGUUCUGCGUCGGUAUCGAAGGAGGCUCAGAAUCCCAUAUUGGGCCUAAUUGCGGUGAUCACAGCCAGUCUGUCGAGUGGUUUUGCGGGCGUCUAUUUUGAAAAGUUGAUGAAAGAUACUGCCCCCUCCCUAUGGGUCCGAAACAUUCAGUUGGGUGAGAACUUCUCAGAGUACAUUUCCUUUACCCUUUUUGCUUUUCGUCUCUUUUGUUAACACUGCUGACUUUUUAUCUAACUUUUCAUAGAAUGCCAUUUCUAACCAGUAAUCUAGGAUUGGCAGAAUAUCAUUAUCGAAACACGCAGUAACCAUUUUGGUGUUUGGUACUGUUGUGUGCCAAUAUCUUAUUUUGUGUUUAUGUUUUGUGAAUAUGCUCUGGCAAGUUGUUUUCAUUUUGUUAGUUGUCACGGAUUAAGCCUAAUUGGAUAGGCAAGUAGUUGACGCACACUGCGAACCCCCGGCCAUCGCAGUGUCAUGACAUGACCGUCGCCUCCGACGAUGUCCACCGUGUGCUCCCCAGCAAGGUGAAGCAGGCACGGUGACUUACGCGUCAUUUAGUUUAUAGUUAAUGUGGACUUUUGCGGCAUCUACCGCACACUCUCCUCUUCCCCAACCUGGACCUGCUGUCAAAACAGAGUUAAGAGGACCAGAGGCGGUGGAGGACGCAGGUGGAUUGCACGGUCGAGACCGCACCUUGGCGCUCCACUCCUCACCCCCUGGUCCACACAGCAAAUGACCAGGAUUUUAACCCGGUCACACCUAGGCGUACCGUCACACUUGGCCCCUAUCCCGCAGAAUGGGAGUGCUAGAAACGCCACAUCAAGAAGGAGCCACUGCAGCCUGACUCUUAGAGCACCAGCCAGCCGCUCCACACAAACACACAGCACUGGACCGACUGAGAGGUUCAAGUUAUCCCGUCAGUUGGAAACCUUCCAUGCCAUGGCUUUUGGCGCACCGUGAUAGCUUCAGACGCGUCAGAUUGUUUGUAGUGAGGAAAAUGCGCUGAGUCGUCUACCACACUCUCCCAUCCCAUUCCCAGGCCCCAGUCACUGUCCGAGCCGACUAUUUGACAGGUGCGGGGGAUGGGCGCGUUAGCUGACAUAUCUAGUCACCUUGCCUGCGCGCACCACCUGCACGACCUGGCCCCCUAAACACAAACACCAUGAUUUCAGACAACGGGGGUUGGGCGGCGUACAUCUCACAUGCGUGAGAGUGCCGUAGGUCACGUUCCGAAGGAGCUGUUUCAGCCUGGCUCUCAGCCCACCAGUCCGCCACUCCACACAAACACACACAACUGGGCAGACUGCGUGAGCUGAGUUGGGGCAUCAGUCAGCAGCCUUCCAAACCGCGACACUUGACGCACGGUGAUAGUCGCAGACUUGAAUCAAACAUGCAGCGGCGGCGCCGCAAGGGGAUGGAGCCGAGACGCACACUUCCCACUUGCGUGGAAGGUGGCAAUUGGAUGCUUGUGGUGGAUGAUGGUGUUGCGUGAUGUAGGGGGGGGGGGGGAAGAUGAGGUAAUGUGUAGUCGGCGGUUGUCUACCACUGGCUUUCGUGAAUUCGCAUGUGUCCCAGUAGGUCCGUGCGGUGGACGAAUGUGUGGGUGCAGUAAGGCCAGUUGAGGUGGAUUCGGCGAGUGUAUGUUGGUGCUCCAGGUACUGGUUCGCCAGUCUCUGUGCGAUGGAUUCGCACACUCUGGUCUGAUCGUGAAGAGUCAUUGCUUCACGCCGAACUCUCACAAAGAUUUUUUUCAUUAUAAACCACCUCACGUGUCUCGGACUACCGCGGCACACUAACAGCCAUGGCUUGGGGGAGGCUUAAACAAGGGAUAAUUCGACCCUCCGGACUGUGAAGUGAAUCUGUAGUGGCCCUUUCCAAUAAAAGAUCUGAAAUCCCUUUCCUUCGUCUGGGUUUAUUUGAAUGGAGAUCAGCAUGUUUCUUUGCGCGCCUAAAAGUGAAUUUGACCUCGCAAGCCAUUGUGUCUGACUCACAGCCCGUUUCCUUGACAUUACUCGGUCACUGGAAUAUUCUGCGCUUUGAAAAAACGCCGGGGGGGAGGUACGCUUUUUGCCUAAUUCAGGCCCUUCCUAUACCUUUUCGUUACAAUACCUGGUUUGUUGUCAAAAUACCACUAAGCCAUAUUCAAAGUAUGCCUACAAAUGUACUAGUUGUUACAUACUCUAAUUCCGAGCUCUUAUGCCACACAAAAAACGCCGCGAAUGCGAAUUGAAGUUUAAUUUUACCUUUCGCAAAAUCGUGUUACAAAGCCAAAUUGAGCGUCACUUUCAAGAAAUUCGCAUGUUUAAGGCAUUUCAAGGCAUAUCUUCCGCGCUGCAAACCUACUGAAUGGGUGAAUCACUUUAAGUUGUCGAAAUUUGUCACUACCUCAUUAGUAAUACGCCUGAGCGCUAUUGCUUUACAGCUUGUCGCAUAUAUUUUUGAGGACAUCCGUCACUGCGGUCACAGAUUCUCUGUUUCACUGCGAAUUAACCUCUUGGCAGAAAGGCUACACGCAGUAAAUAGUUAAAACGACCUUACCUGCAAUCCACCUCUCUAUCUCUCCUUCCCGACGGUGAACUUGAGUUUUUUUGCUCCUGGACUCUCUGUGCCUGAUCACCCCACACUGAACAGAAUAGUUAGUUUUCAUCUGCUUUGCGAUGUUGCCACGGCAUGUUAGAAUUGGCAGCAAAAGCUAGUUGCGUUAAGAUGAUUGUUUCUGCGCGCGAGCAAUCGAACUGUUUGUUUGGCCCCCCAGUAACAGGUAUCUCCUACUCAUUAGCAGACAAUGGAAAAUGAGGAGGCUAACAAGAUGUACUGCGAGCGCGAGAUCGUGUCGUCUUCGGCCUCUCGGUUUCGCACCGGGCGUCCAGUCUCUGAGCUAAGGCGGGCGCGCAUUAUCGAUGCUGUUUUCCCACUGUUUCGCACUGCGACCUUUCCAGCUGAUCCUAUGUUUUCGCAUUUCACAAAACAUGCUAUGAUCUGGGCAUAUUCUACUUCUUAUUCAAAUUAGUACAGAUUACGCCGAGUUCUGACACGGUAAUACGCUUACCUGCCAAUAGAUCAUUUCUUCUUUCUUUAACUGAUGUAUGCUGUGUUUACCGUUGACGUCAGGUUUCUGGGGUUCCGUCCUAGCCCUCAUUGGUGUCUACCUGACAGACCACCAGGCGGUGGCCCAAUACGGAUUCUUCCAAGGCUACAAUUUCAACGUAAUCCUUGUGAUUGGCCUACAGUCUUUCGGCGGUCUCUGUAUAGCCGUAGUUAUCAAGUACGCAGACAAUAUUCUGAAGGUUUUCGCCACCUCAAUCUCAAUUAUCCUGUCGUGUGUGGCCUCCUACUACCUGCUUGGCGACUUUGUUCCAAACUGGUAAGUUUUACGUAUGUUUGUGCUGUUGUUUCUGUGUGCAACUGUAGAUAGUUCAAGCCUUUGUUGGAACACUACCCUUGAAACUGUUGACCAAAUGACGUCAUGUGCUCCAUUCGGCUUAAUCUGUUGGAGGACGUGCGUAGGUAAUUGGAAGUUUCCGAAAAAAUGCUGACAGUUCAGAAGAAGGGAGACUAAAACGCAGUGGGUGGUGCAUGCGUUUCAAAUAUCAGGGCCCAUGUGUCUCGGAUGCUUCUCGUUAAAUGCUCCCUUCGCUGUCAUCCGCCGCUUUCCAGUGUCACAAGGACGGCCGGCUGAUGUCUUCAUUCAGUUCGCAUCUUUUACCUUUUCCCGAUGGAUUGUAUUCUGUCUAAAUGGUCCGAGCUGCAUAGCUUAUUGCAAAACAGAACAUGUUAUUUAUUAGAAUAUGGGGAAUUGUUCCAUAACCUGCUGUAAGAAGUAUGGUAAACACGCAGAACCAGUUAACUUGUAACACCACCCAGUAAAAGGUUAGUACUUGCUAGCACUUGGUGACCACAUGCCUACGGUAGUGAUUAUUUGGGCACUUUGCUCUGAGGAUUUCGCGCACUACUUCUAGGUUGAUAAAGAGUGCAUAGUCUAUCCGAGCACACGAGGUCCUCGAAGUCCUCGACACUUCUUUAAAGCGCAGUUACCGAAAAUGCUCAUUAUUUUCCAUGACAACAUAGGCCAGGCGAUUUAGUUUUCCAACUGUUAGCCUCUGUUUAUGUGUGCGGGCAAGGGAGGACUUCUUCGUUUGACUGUAACAGUUGGGCCGUCGUUACUGACAAUGCUCAUUGUCUGCUCCACAGCAUGAUGGCCACAGAGCGGUGACUUGCGGAGCAUCUCCGGUACCACCUCGCCCACCUGGGUUCCGUGGCAAGACAGAGUUGGAGCGACCGGAGGCAGUGGCCGGCAAGGCUAAACACCCCGUCUACGCGCAUGAACCACGAUCUAGCCUCGCGCGAUGUCUCAGCUUUUAAAAAAGAUGUGCCAGCCCGCAUCGUACGGGCGUGAGAGUGCCACGAAGACCCCAAUAUGCAGCAGCCAUUGCAGCUGGACUCUCAUUCCGCAGGCCAGCCAUCCCACAGGACUGAGCAUGCGGAACUUUUGGCUGUAGUACCUGCACCCCAUAGACCAGAGUCUUGUCACUGCAGGCCUCUCCGUUGUUGGACAGAAAAAUUUCGCCUCAAAGACAAAUUAUCGGCGGUCUUGCCAUCGUUUUGCAUUACAGGUCGCCAUCAACAAGGACACUGCCUCGCAGUCUCGUCUUCGCACCACCGCAUGCAUUGGAAGUUGCCAAUAUUUCGAAUGUGGGCGAUCUCGCCUUGUGUUCCUCUGAGCGAGUGAACAAAGAUUCUGUCCCGUUCAGGCGAUCGGAGGCGGGGAUCUCGUUCUGGCCGCAGUUUUUGACUACGUGACGAUCCAUAUGCUUCAUCGUUUAAGAUUGUCUGCCUCUUCUCGCACAUUGAGGCCUUUGUUUAUAAUGUGCCUGUAUUCCUAUGGCCCAGAAGAAUAAUGGGUCGAGGAUCCCGUAUGAUUAUAGCCUCAUACUUUCCGCCGAUUGGGAUCAAGAAAAUGCGGGCAUUGAGACUGAAGGAAAAUCCGUUCCCAUGAAGCCGCACACGUGUAAUGACAUUUCGGUGGCUAAUCCCCAUUCGGUGGGGCAAUAUUUUCUCCGUGAGGUGAGUUCAUAUUGGCAACAAGUGACAGGACAGUGCUCUGCCAGUCUGAUGACGGCUACUGUGGCCUGAACAUCCUGUGGUGUAAAGUCUUCUCGUGGCAGCUUACUCCUGAUCUCGCGGAAAGUACACUUGUAUUCUCAGGUCAAUAAGACUACGGCUUGGGUAGACUCCACUUCGGUUAAUGCCUGGAGCGCUGUAACCGAAUUGAUAGGCCUUGAAAAUAUUGGUUUUGUGGGGUUACCCAAAGUGCAUCAUAUAGUACAUGCGAAGCAAAAUAUACUGACCGAAGGCUAUUUGCCUGCUUGCCCAAUGUAGCCAAUGCCAAACAUUCCAGUGGACGAAAAGUUGGUUUCUGGAGUUUGUGCGUUGUCGGAUCAACAUAUGUCAGGUGACUGGUAAAUGCACAAGCUCCCACUGGUGCCGAUGAACCUGACAUCCCCUCAGGAAAUCCCCAGCGGAUGCUCCCCUACUGCGGUAUGACAAAGACCUACCGCUGGCUGCAAGUGGGGCUGCGUACACACCGUCUCCCAUUGCAUCACAGACAUCGUGGCACAGGUAAUAUGGAACGAAGGCAGCGCAGACAACAGGGGAGUGUUUCUCCCCUUUCAGGGAGGUGUUUCUACCGAAGAUGUGGAAAUCCGAAGUUGGAAGUCUUUGGCGCGUUGUCUUGCAUGAGGAAUAUUCCGGAGGUCAUUGAGCGCUUGGCAGGCAUUGUCGGGUGAAGGGUUGCGGCAUCAUUCCGGUUGUUAUUAGCGUUAUGCCUUACCGCUCAUUCGGUUAGCUUCAGAGUCGGACGAUCUUCAAAAUGCGAAGCUGGACAACGGGAGAUGAGAAGGUAUGGUCAAUGAGAACAUAAGUUGGCACAUAGUAUAAAUUAGAAGGACUACUGGAACUUCCGCAUGUUAUUGUGUCAUUUUUGGCCCGCCCUCGCUGAAGCAGUAGGUGCGCGUCUUUAACCUAUGAAGGGGAGUAAUGGUCUGCUUUUGGCGUUUUGUGCAUUAGAUGUACAUCCUUGAACACAUUUGAUGCUCAUUACCUUGUUUGGAGGCAAUCACAAAAGAUAUUUUAGUCCUGUGCGAUUCUUCUAUUUUGCCACCCAUGUAACGGUAGGCAGACGCCGUGCUUUUUCUAAAGCUUUUUCGCUCCACAUCUUCAUUCUUGCUGCGUUAGUGCUGUUCCCACUUUUUGUCCAGCCACAUGUUUUUCGCAUUGGUUGAAGUGAUUCCCAAACGCAUUUUACUUUGCCCGCCUCUAGGUACUUUGUGCUCGGUUCAGUCGCUGUUCUUUCGGCGACUAUCCUCUAUGGCUUUCCUCUUUGUCCUGCGCCUCCAUUGCUCCCAGUCUCCCGGAAUUGA